ACACCAUAGGGCUACACGCCCGAUUUUUAUUUAUGUUUUGGAAUUUUUAUGUAUCGUAAUUUUGCUCUUUAAAAGUGUCUUUCGAUAAGAAGCUAAAAACGAAUCGGGCUAAGUAUUGUCAAGGUGGAGACCAAAAAACUAUGUGAAGAAAAAGAAGUGGUUCUUGCCGAUUGGAUAUAAUAUUUUUUUUCUAAACACAGAAAACUGAUUUAACACGAAUACUAUUUUAAUCAUAUAGACAAUUCCCUACAGAAUGGCAGUAAGUAUUAAAGAAAUAUCUGAUAACGUUAGGCUGGCUCGAGAAAUGACUAUGUUAGGAAAUUAUGAAAGUUCAGAAGUUUACUAUGAAGGAUGCUUACAAAUGAUUUCUAAACUUAUUCUAGUUAUAUCAGAUUCUCUUAGAAAAACCAAAUGGCAACAGGUACAGAAACAAGUUAGUUCUGAAUAUGAACAUGUAAAAAUUCUAAAGACAAUGUUGCAAACUCUUCGUUUGGAAACUAGUGUAGAAGUUCCCACCGGUGUUAGAAAAAGAGAUGAACCAAAUUUAGCAGAUAUAACAAAUUCUGAUGCAUUUUCUCAAAAUGAUCCAGAUAUUUGGCCUCCUCCAACACCAGUAGAUCACAGCAAUGGUCCAAAAUCAAGAAUUGCAGUAGCAAAAAGAUCAGAUGCCAAGAAGUACCCAGCAUCUAGAGCAGGAUCAUCUACUGCUAAAAAACUUGAAAUAAAUAGACACUCCAAAUCUAUCAAAAAGGAGGAAAGACCUACAUCAUCAAGAUCUGAAAGGAUUGGAGAUAAUAAACCAGAAAAAGAUCAUAAAGACUCAGAAAAUAAUGAAAAAAAUGAACCAACAGAUGAGAAAAAGUUUGAAUGUCAUGGUAUGGAGAGAGAAUUAGCUGAUACUUUAGAAAGGGAUAUUGUGCAGAAAAAUCCAAAUAUACAUUGGGAUGACAUUGCUGAUCUUCAUGAGGCAAAGAGACUACUUGAGGAAGCUGUAGUAUGGCCUAUGUGGAUGCCAGAUUUUUUUAAAGGAAUAAGAAGACCUUGGAAAGGUGUACUUAUGGUUGGACCUCCAGGAACAGGAAAAACAAUGUUAGCAAAAGCAGUAGCUACAGAAUGUGGGACAACCUUUUUCAAUGUCUCCUCAUCUACUUUAACUUCAAAAUAUAGAGGUGAAUCUGAAAAGAUGGUGAGACUGUUGUUUGAAAUGGCGAGGUUCUAUGCUCCAAGUACAAUAUUUAUCGAUGAAAUCGACUCGUUAUGUUCAAGAAGAGGAUCAGAAUCAGAACAUGAAGCAUCAAGACGAGUGAAAUCUGAGCUGUUAGUUCAAAUGGAUGGUAUAACUGCAAACAAUGAAGAACCAGGAAAAGUUGUUAUGGUCCUGGCUGCGACCAAUUUUCCUUGGGACAUAGACGAAGCGUUAAGACGGAGGUUAGAAAAACGUAUAUAUAUCCCCCUCCCUACUAUGGAAGGUAGAGAAGCUCUUCUAAAAAUAAAUUUAAGGGAGGUCAAAUUAGACCCUGAUAUUAAUUUAACGACUAUCGCGAAAAGAUUGGAUGGUUUUUCUGGAGCUGAUAUCACCAAUGUCUGUAGAGAUGCUUCGAUGAUGUCCAUGAGAAGGAAAAUUUGUGGAUUAAGGCCAGAUCAAAUAAAACAGUUGCCCAAAGAAGAACUAGAUUUGCCUGUUACAAUGAGAGACUUUGAAGAAGCUUUAGAUAAAAAUAAUAAGAGUGUUAGUAAAGAAGAUUUAGAUAAAUAUGAGAGAUGGAUGAAUGAAUUUGGAUCGUCAUGAUUGGGGUUUUAACUUUUUGGGGUUUUAUGUGAGUUUAAUAGUGAAAUGAUUAUUUUAAACAUAUACAUUUGCCAAGAGGGAAUAUAUAUAUAUAUAUAUAUAUAUAUAUAUAUAUAUAUAUAUAUAUAUAUAUAUAUAUAUAUAUCUUCGUCUUUUUUAACUAAUUUAUGAGCGUUUAGCUAGUAGAAAUGCAAUAAAAUUAAACACCAAGUAUACUAUCUCUAAAAUAUUGAAAAUUCGUAUAUUUAUGUCACGAGUCACUUUGAAUAUUGAUUUUUGAAACCUAUAAAUGUAUAAAUUCAAUGUUUUUGUUAAACGAUAUUAAAAUUCCUUAAAACGCCACAAUACUAAUUCCCAGACGAUAAAUACAUAAGUAUUCGAAAGAUCGGAAAUAUAUUAUAGAUAGUACACUUGCUACUCAAAAUUGGAAAUAUAUAUAUAUAUAUAUUCAGUUUCUUAGUAUUUUCAGAUAGUUUUGUUGAUAAAUUAUUAUUUCCUUCAUUUGAAAUUUCGUUAAAAAUUUUGACGUUUCGACCUAUCACCUAGCCGUCUUUAUCAAAUUCUUUUGAUCGUCUUCUACUUAACAUUACUUAAUGCUCUUGACAUUUUCAUGUAUUUGGUAUUUUUAAGUUAGAGGUUGAAAAUAAAUUAAUUUUUUUCUAAAUAAUGGACCCUACUUUAAGGACUACAAACCAACUAUUUGAUUAAUGUGAUUGUGGAAUUGUGACUGCAAUGAAAUAUAUCAUGAAAUUAGUUAAACGAGAAUCGCGGUAACAAAUUUGCUAUGAAAUAGUAAAUUCAUCUGAUUCGAUAAACAACCUUCAAAAUGAUAAUAAAUAUAAAUAGUUAUUAGAAAGUUUUGAAUAUAUAUUAAAAAAACUAAACUUUGGUAAUUCAUUGCCCCAAUCCGACAACAAUCACGUUCAUAAAGUAAUUGGCAAUGACUUAGUUCCAAUUUAUAUAUACAUGGUGUUUUGAAAAAAAUGACCCCGUGUCUAGGUUAGGUAGAAAACUGAAAAAAUUUCGCAUACUACUGUUAUGAUGAGAAUCUACAAGUUAAAAGGAGCGUUUCACAUUACCAACGGUUAUUUAAGUUAAUAAUUGAUCAGCAAUUUUUGUUGAUAAAUUGAUAGGUUAUUUCUACUUACAAAAUUUAAUGGUGAUUUUUUAAAUAAUCAUUUAUUCGAGAUACCAGAAGAUUCAAAUCUAAACGAACUAAGCACGAUGAAGCUCCAUCGCACUUUAAUAAGAGUGUCGUAAUUAGUUGAGUAACUGAACCGAUGGAUUGGUAGAGGUGUAGAAGUUCCGAUUGAUUAGUCUCAUCGGUCAUGCGAUUUUAAUCCUAUGGACCAUUCAAUUUGGUCACUGUCACUUGAUGAAGUCUAUCAAAAUAUUUUGAUAAAAGCCGCAACAGAUCGAAAAGUCUAAUUUUCAUCUUUCAUAAAAACUAAUUUUCAAUCAGAAGCGACCUAAAAUCAAGACGAUUCAGAAACAUAAACAUCAAAAGGUCUAAAAAAUUGAUGAAACUUUUAUAUAUAAUAAAAAAAAUAAUAGUGAAGUUGAAAGAAUAACAAAAUGGAAGCUCUCAGGAAACCUCCCCAGAGGAAGACCAAAAAGCCAAUUGGAAGGUUAAGUAAGAAAUGAUUUGAACAAAAUGGGAGUCCGUGGACGAUGGAGUAAAACUAAGGACAGAAAAAAAUGGUGAAAAAUAGCUGAAGAAUCCAAAACAAUACAAACAUUAAAAAAAAGAAAACAGAACAUGAAUUGACUGGUUACUAUUCCUAUUGUUCAUUUGCAAGAAGUGAUCCCAUUCCAUGGCCUCAAUCUGCCUACUCUUUGGAAUUUCACGGACGAAACGGAAAGUUGAAAAUAAAAUAUAAAAUAAUUAAAAUGGAAAUAAAAGGUAAUAUGUUUAACAUCGAGAAAAUCGUGGAAACUAACAAUAUCACUGUUUGUCCUGAGUUGACUCUUAGUUAUUUUCACAAGUUUUACUUUUUAUUUUUACCAAUUUUUAUCCAAAAUAAUACACUUUAUUUCCUAUUUUCGUUUAUUCUUGAAAUAUUUUCAAUUGUUCAAAAUAUCUUUAUUUACUUGCUUAAUUUUGAGAUUUUUUAUGUAUUUCUAGAUUAUUGUCUAGUUACCACCUAAUACUGUUUUUGAUUUGUAAAUUAUAUGUUUUAUCCAUUUAAAUACCAAAGACUUCAGGUUACCUAGCUAAUUUCCAAGUAAGUGAAAAAGUGAAGAAUAGUUUUGUAAAGUUUGAAAUUAAAAAUAUCAAUAUUCUUAUACUCAUUUUAGAUGUCUAUACACAAAGGAGAUCUAUCGAAAUUGGGUACAUACGCCAAAACACAUAGCAUUCAUCUAAUAAUUAAACUAACAUAUAAGGGCCUCAAUAAUAUUAAACUGAUUUAUAUUCAUUCACAUAUUUAUACCUACAUACUUUUUAUUUUGUUUUUCUUUUUAUUAUUUACAGAAAACCUUUUUUAUGAGAGGGAAUAACUAUAGAUGUAACAUAAAAUUAUUCUUCAUAUCAAUAUUAUUUUUAUUAUUAAAAUUGCUUUCAAUAAUUCGAUUAAAAUUCUGUAUAUCCUUAAUUUUUUUGUUCAUAACUAUUUAGAAAUGGUAUGUGAUACAAGUUUUAAAAGAAUUUAAAUAUAUUAUCUUUUUUGCGCUGAAUUGACUAGAUAAGGGCUCCAUAUAUUCACAUUUAAUUUAAUUAAGUUUAAUCUCGUGAAGUUAUCUAAUUUUUCUCAAGGAAAAAUCGGAUGUACCUUGAAUAAUUAGAAGUAGUGAAAUGGUGAAGACAAAAUGAAACAAAUGAGAUUUCACACAGUACUGUAGCAACGAUAUCUCAUCAUGGUUCUGGCCGUUUUUCUACUUUAUAUUGGACUGUUCUGAUUAUAUAUCUACUAAUUUUUAUUGCUCUAAGGAUUUGUUAUUAUAUUCUCAAUGCGUGGAAAAGUAUACUUAGCUUGCCAGCUUGUUACUUGUAAUAACAGUUUUAUGUUCUAUUAUAAAAUAAUUUUAUACUUUAAAAAACCUUAAAUAAGUGCAUCAUAUAAUAAAUAAUGUAGAAGUUUGAAUAGACUUUAGAACAUUUUUUCUUAAUUUUAAUUUUUUUUACCAUAAAAUACUACCAAAAACCUAAAAAGUUUUGUACUAACACAAUAUGGAUAAUGCAUAGUUCUCUUGAGUUGGACAUUGGAGAGGCUCUUAAGUAUUAAAUAUUUUUAAAACAUAUAUAAGAUUUACAUUACGCACUUUUUACUGUUUAUCAUAAAUAUGAAAGAAACAAUACUUAUGUUAAGGGGGUAUUCUGGUGUAGAAGCAUAAAUUUUAGGUAUUUUUGAAACUAAUGUAAAAAAAAUGGAAAACAUAUUAACUAUCCAUUAUUGAAAUGUAUUUAAUGACUUAUAUAAUAAUAUAUAAUAUAAUAUAUAUAAUAAUUUAAAAAAAAUCAGAAUCUUGAUAGAUUACCAGCCGGUUAAGUGGGGGCUACAAAAAAACUACAUUCUGGUUGACAUGAUGCCAGCCCUUUUAGUGAUCUGGAACCAAAAAAUGAAAAAAUUUUUAAUCUGUAAAGAUCUCGCUACCGCAUUGAUUUUAGCUAAAAAAAUUCAUAAAAUGGCGUCGACAUGAAAUAUCAAUUUUUUGUCUUUUUUUGACCAAAUUUCAAAGGAAUCGGUCGGAUAGAACUUAAGAUAUCAUGUCAAUCACUUCAAAAAAAGUAGUUUCAAAUAAAAGCGUUUAAAGUUUGAGAAACAAUUCCAGUAAAAUAACUCAUUCCACUCGGCCGGUCUAGACGCUACAUCGCAAAAUCUACUGUAUCUACGAAAUUUUUAAAAAUCCGUUUAAGGACAUAUUCAUAAGGGUCUAAGCUUUGGAAAUAUGCAUAAAAAAUCGAUUUUUUUCAAAUUUCUUGACCAGAAUACUCCCUUACGGAAUAUUCAUAUUUAAAAGCUGACAUGAUUGAGUAGAUUUUAAUCAUUUGCUAUUUGUUCUUUAGUUCUAUUGUUGUUCAAUUUUUAAUAUUGUAAAACUACUUUUAUUGUAUGAAAAUUAAUGGUGAUUAUGAAUAAUAUGUUAAUUAUCCAGUAACAUCACGUUUGAUGUCCUUAAAUUAUUAACAUUUAUACAAUGUGUUACGUUUCUAAUCAAAAGAGUUCUAUAUUGAAAAAUUAUUAAGAGUAAAUUUGUACUCUUAUUAUUUUAACUUUUAUCAAACCUUGAGAAAACUAUGAUCUGUCGAUUCUACUGUAAGGUCGCGCUUGUUAAAAGUAUAUCAAUAUUCAUUAUUUUUAUAUAUUAUUUUAAUGCUGAUACUACUAAUAUCACUUUAGUUUAUUGAAUUUAUACAAUUCAUAAAUUUUUUAUUUAAAAAAAAUAAAUUAUAUAAUUAACUACUUAUAUUUUUUCUCCUGAUUUUUAUUCUUUUAUAUCAAUCAAAGAAAUACUAAACACCACUACACCAACACUCACAAUUACACUGUUUAUCCUCAGUCUUGAGAAUGGUAACUUAGUUAUCAAAACAUGCUUCAAACAGUGUAAUUGUAGUGAAGUGGUAAUGUCCAUCACAGAAAUAGAGAAAAUUAGCCGUAGUAAUUCACUUUCAACCUCAAAUCCUGCAAACAAUGCUUUCUUCCUCUUAAUAUUAAUCUAGACUAAGCUGUUUGUUUCAUUUCGAUUCUCUUGGUUUUUUGUUUCCUCUUUUAAUCUUGUAGUAAGGAACAUUUGUAUGGCUGCACUUUAUUGUUGACAUAUUCUCAUAUACUGACUACAAAUAGCAGUGUACUAUUACAACACAUGAUGAGUCAUGGAGAAAAGACAUAUUGUGAGUUUAAUUUUUCGAAUUCUAAGCAAAUAAAACUACUAUAUUUCAAGUCAUUUUUGCCAUAUGACAAAUUAACCUAAGAAAUAUCUCAUCUAGGUGGGAAUGUUAUUUUAGUACAAAAUGGCGUUCCUACUUAGAAUGGCAAGAAGUGAAAUUAGAUUUUUUCUCCAGGACCUUUCAUUAAUUACUGCUGGUUACAGGAAAAAAAUGUCUAAUUUGUAAAAAACUAUAUUUUUUAUGCUAAAUCGGAGUAAUAUUCUGUUUUAUAGGCAUAGUUAGUUUACAAGAUAUAUUUUUGCAUGUUGCUUCAUACUCCUUUCAUAAUGAUGAUUAUUUUUAUUUAUUUUCGUUUUCAUUCAAUUGUUUGAAUUUUGGUUGUAGUUUAUUGUAAAUUAUUUUGUUUUCAAAGACAUUAGAAAUAAUUGAC